AUGCCGUCUUCAAACUUGUUAAUCUUCUCUCUACCUCUACUAAUCAUUACGCUCUUCCCCAAGUCAAAUAUUGCUUAUGCUUCUUUGGAGGAAGCCAACGCUCUUCUUAAAUGGAAAGAAACCCUUCAAAUCCCAAACAACUCCUUGCUCUCUUCAUGGAUUCCCAUCUCGUUGAAUUCCAGUGCAUCGUUUCCAUGCACUUCUUGGUAUGGGAUAGUUUGCUAUGCUGAUGCGAGCAUUCAUAGGUUGAACCUAAGUUCAUCGGGCUUAAAAGAUACACUCCACCAAUUUCCAUUCUCUUUGCUACACAAUCUUACACAUUUUGAUCUCAGUGUAAACAACUUCUUUGGCCCCAUCCCAGCAGAAAUCCGACACCUAUCCAAACUAGUGUAUCUUAAAUCUUCAGAGAAUAAGUUUUCUGGAGCAAUCCCACCUGAAAUAGGAAAACUGAGCCAGCUAUCCCUCUUGGACCUUUACGAAAACGAUCUAAAUGGUUCUAUUCCUCAAGAAAUAGGAACCUUGGUCUCACUUGAGGUCCUAAGCCUCUACUCAAACAAUUUAUCUGGCUUAAUUCCUUCAUCAUUGGGUGAUUUGACAUCCUUGAAUAUCCUUUUUUUGUACCGUAAUCAACUCUCAGGUCCCAUUCCUAUUGAACUUGGGGAUUUGAAGAAUCUCAUCCAUCUUCAGGUGAGCCACAAUCACCUUAGUGGUUCUAUUCCUUCAUCACUAAAAAGCCUGAGCAACCUACAGUCUCUGUACCUCUUUGAGAAUAAAUUAUCUGGUCUCAUUCCUAUUGAACUUGGGAAUUUGAAGUCUCUCACUGAUCUUGAGGUGAGCUACAAUCAACUUAGUGGUUCUAUUCCUUCAUCCCUAGCAAACCUGAGCAACCUAUGGUAUCUAUACCUCAAUGACAAUAGAUUAUCUGGUCCUAUUCCUACUGAACUUGGGAAUUUGAAGUCUCUUAUUGAUCUUGAGUUGAGUGAUAAUCAACUUAUUGGUACUAUUCCUUCAUCACUAACAAACCUGAGCAAAUUACAGUGGUUGUACCUCCAGGAUAAUAAAAUUUCUGGUCCCAUUCCUCGUAACUUUGGAAAUUUUAAAUCACUCAAUGGUCUUCGAGUGAACAAAAAUCAACUUAGUGGUUCUAUUCCUUCAUCAUUGGGUGAUUUGAUAUCUUUGAAACAACUUUAUAUGCACCACAAUCAGCUCUCUGGUCCCAUACCUUCUGAAGUUGGGAAUUUGAAGUCUCUCACUGAUCUCAAGACAAACGGAAAUCAACUUACUGGUUCUAUUCCUUUGGAGUUUCAAAAUUUAAAUGAACUACAAAGGCUUAAUCUGUCUUCAAAUUAUUUGGUUGGUGAGAUUCCAAAGGAGUUUUGGAAGAUGAAAAGUAUGUUGUAUUUGUACUUGUCUGAUAACCAACUUUCAGGUACUAUACCUCCAGAGCUUGGAUCAUUCUGUGAUCUCCUUGAACUAGAUCUGUCCACAAAUAGAUUGAAUGGGUCGAUACCAAUAAGUAUUGGUAAUUGGGUACACAUCCACUACUUCAAUCUUAGUGGUAACAAGCUCCAUGGAAAUAUCCCAUCUGAGAUUGGUAAAUUAUGUCAACUUACGAGAGUUGAUUUAUCUCAUAAUUUGCUCAGUGAAGAGAUACCCUCUGAAGUUCAAAGUUUGCAAAGUUUGGAAGAAUUGGAUCUUUCUCACAAUAGACUAUCAGGUUCUAUUCCUAAUGCUUUUACAAGUUUGCCUACUGGGAUUAAUAUCGAUUUGUCUUACAACAAGCUCACAGGUUUAGUUCCUGCAAGCACUAACUUUGUGAAUGCGUCUAUACAAGGCAAUCCAAGUUUGUGUGGAAAUGUUAUAGGAUUGAAACUUUGUCAAAGUCAAAUUACAAAGAAUAAAAAUGAUCCCUUUCGUCAUAAGCUCAUCCUUGUAAUUAUGCUUCCUCUUAUCGGGGCUAUUUUACUUGGUUUAUUCACCUAUGGCCUCAUUGCUUAUCACAAGCAAAAGAAAGAGUCUCCACAGAAACCGGUGGAUGAAGAAAGUGGUGAUUAUUUCUCAAUUACAAGUUUUGAUGGAAAAGUAGUGUAUGAUGAUAUCUUGAGGGCAACAAAUGAUUUCGAUGAAGCAUACAGUAUUGGGACUGGAGGAUUUGGUAUUGUGUACAAAGCCGAGCUACAACCUACCAAUGUGGUAGCUAUUAAGAAACUUCAUUCAUCAUCUGAGAAUGUUGAUCAUAAUGGUUUCCUUAAUGAGGUACGAGCAUUAACAAACAUAAGGCAUCGAAACAUAGUGAAACUCUAUGGAUAUUGCUACCAUGCCCGCCACUCAUUUUUGAUUUACGAAUAUCUUGAAAAGGGAAGCCUUGGAUCAAUCUUAAGAAGCGAUGUUUUAGCAAAAGAAUUGGAUUGGUUGAGAAGGGUCAAUAUUGUGAAGGCUGUAGCUAAUGGUUUGACAUACAUGCAUCACGACUGCUCACCUCCUAUAAUUCAUAGAGACAUUUCAAUUGCCAACAUUCUUCUUGAUUCUGAUUAUGAGGCACAUAUUUCUGAUAUUGGCACGUCCAAGCUUUUAAAGCUAGAUUCAUCCAACUGGACCCCAAUUGUUGGAACAUAUGGUUAUAUUGCGCCAGAGCUUGCUUAUACGAUGGUGUCAACCGAGAAAUGUGAUGUGUACAGCUUUGGCAUUGUUACACUAGAAAUGAUCAUGGGAAAGCAUCCCAGUGAACUACAAUCGUUAUCUACUGAUUAUCUGGUGUUAGCAAAUGUUGGAGAUAGUCGUAUUCCACUUCCCUCACCACAAGUUGAGAAACAGGUUAAGUCGGUGCUAAGUCUCUCAAGAGCAUGUUUGAACUCCAAUCCAAACAGAAGACCAACAAUGCGCCAAGUUUCAAAUCUGUUAAUGAAGGAUCAGCUUUGA